UAUGAAUCAAUUCUAGGAUGUAUUCAAUGAGUUCUCAUAAUUACACAAUCAGAAAUACAAUAUAGGGGAAAUAUUAUCAUUUUUGGAUUCCAAAUGUGCUAAUGGCUAUUUCGAUAGAGAUGUGUAUUAAUAAUUGAUUGAGCAAAUCCCACAAGCAUCAUUGCAAUAAUAAUGCACAAUUAAUUAGUUAAUUAAUGUAUUUAAGAAGGCGCAGGAUGUGUUGAAUGAUAAAAUAAACAAAUGCUAACAAAUCAUAGAUUAGAAAAAUAUGUAAUUACAUAUUUGAAUUAUCAAUAGUGAAAUUAGGGCCUAUAAUGAUAAGCUUAGGCAACAGUAAACAAAUAGUGUCAAUUCAUAGAGUAAAUUGAAUGUGGAAAUUCUUGAUGCUGAAAUUUUGUAUCAAGGAAAUGGAUAAUUAUAAAUCAGUUUAGAAUGCAUGUCCUCUAUUGUUUAUACAUGUAAAUUAAUAAUUGAAUUGUAGAGUUAGCGAAAAGACUAAACCCAGUUUGGAAUGAAACCUUCGACUUGUAUAUGCUUGUAAUUUAUGAUUUAGUAAUGCCAAUGAGUAAGCAGUGAUCAAAUUCAUCUUGUUGGAUACAGAACUGCAGUAGAAAAGGGGCAUCGGAGGAGUUGCUUAUAUUGACAUUAACACUUUUGGAGAUUAGAUGCUUCAUGACUUCACAGUGAAUUUGACUGACGAAAGUAAUUCUAUUGUAAGAGCCAAAUUGCAUCUUAAAAUAUAGUGGAUCUAUUCAAAAGUAAAGAUUACAUAGACUCUUAGAAUAAAUACUUAUAAGACUUAAUCGAUGAGAAUACGGUGUAGAUCAACCAAUUGGAGUAGGAAAUCAAUGAUCACAUAGUUGAUUUGGAUAUUAUCAAUUCCCCAUUUAAACAAGCAAUCAAAUUUUAAAACAAUCUGACCAUAUCGACAUACCAAACACAACCCAAUCAGUAAUAAUAAUAAGCAAGUCCCUUGUUGAUAAGUGAAAGCUAAAUAGAUAGAUUGGUUUAGAUUUCGCUAUUAUUAAUUAUACUGUAUUUAGCGUUUGGAUUGCUGAAUAGUUUAUACCGAACACUAAACUUUGAUGUAACAAAGUGUGAUAUAUUAUAGUUUUUAGUGAUUUUCUAUUGCUUUUUGUUUUAUCAGAAAAACUAUAAACUUCAAUCGUUGCUUCACAUUAAAAUCAUAAUGGUCAUGUUAGGUGUUGCCUUACUGAUGGAUAUAAUUUGGCUUGCAAUUUAUAGUACUGUAAUACUCAUAUUAAAUUAAUAGCCAUAUCUGGGAGAAUUUAAUGCACAUUUUGAUCAUUUAGAAUACAGUUUGCAAAAAUAUCAAAUAAUACUGAGUUGGUUGUUGCUCUUUGUGAAAGUAAGUGUAAUUGCAAAAAUAGAUCGUUGUUUUGAUGUUCUAUGUUCACAUCUAUGCCAUCUACCCUGAUAAAUCCACAUAGGUCUAUGAUUAAUAAUGGAAUGCCAUUUUUGGAUGGAAAGAUAUUAAGCAAAUCAAUAUCUAAAGAAAUUAUAAUUGA